GCCAAAUCUUGUAUGUCUUUGAGCUCUGCCACACACUAUGGUCUCAUUUAUCUGUGGAUUUGAACCUGCAGGAGGAAAUAUCAUGAUAAUCAUCCUUACUAUCCUGUUUUACACUGGCCUGAGUCUGAAUUCCAGUACCCACGUGCAAAAUGGAAUACUCCCACCACCCAUCCUUUGGGCUGAGCCAGGUUCUAUGAUCUCUUGGGGGAAGUCUGUGACCAUCUUAUGUCAAGGGAUCUUGGAGGCACAGGAGUACUAUCUUAAUAAAAAAGGAAUGACAAAACCCAUAUAUAGACAGACCGUGCUGGAGCCUGGAAGCAAGGUCAAGUUCUUCAUUUCAUCUACAACAGAGCUCCAUGCAGGACAAUAUCACUGUUACUAUGAGAGUACUGCUUGUUUUUCAGAGCACAGUGACAUGCUGGAGCUGGUGGUGACAGGAGUUUAUAGUAAACCAAGACUUUCAGUCUUGCCAAGUUCUAUGGUGACUCCAGGAGAGAACAUGACCUUCCAAUGUGUGUCAUUCUUGGGGUUUGACACCUUCAUUCUGGCUGAGGAGGGAGAAAACAAGCUCUCCUGGACUCAUGAUGCACACAGACAUCCAAAUGGGCACGUGCAGGCACUGUUUCCUAUGGGCCCUAUGAGCCCCAGCCACAAGUGGAAGUUUAGGUGUUAUGGGUAUAACAAGGGCAAUCCCUACGUAUGGUCAGUACCCAGUGACUCUGCAGAGCUAAAAUUCUCAGAAAAUAUUGCGACCACCAACUCAUCGCUAAACAUAUCAGAUCCCCAAACAGGCUCAUCUCUCAAAGGUCACACAGUGGAGAAUCUCACCAGGAUCACAAUGGCUGUUUUGAUUCUUGUGGCUCUUGGAAUUCUUCUAUUUGAAGCUCAGCACAGCCAGAGAAAGAAAGAUACAGGACAUCUCAGAGUGGUGAAAAAAUAACUAUCAUGUAUGGUAAAUAUUAUAAGAUGAUAUGGUCCUGGAGUUAAAUGUGGGUAGAGGUUGGGUGAACUCUAAAGUUGGGAAUCUUGAGGGGAGUGCCAUGGUUUGAGAGCAUGGAGAUGUAAGAGUCAUUUGUGAAGAUAACUAUUCACCCAUUAAACUUGGAUAUUUUUCCACAAAUAAUCUUA